AUACAAAAAAUGUUUGAGUGAAUAUUAUUGUUUAUAUAAACAAUAUACAUAUUUUUAAAAUAUACAACAGUAUGUAAACAACAUAUUCUACGUACAUACAAGAUUAUGUAUAUAAUGGUAUGGAGAAAAGUGUUUUCGAGGUAGACAGAUAAAGUUUUAUAUGCAUAAGUAUACGAGCCAUAGACUAUACGUAACGAUAUAUGACUUAUAUUCUCUACAUGUCUACGUUGAGUUGAACUUCCAUUAAUGUAUAAGAAAAAUUGCACAUAAAGUUUUGAAUACACCUAUGGGUGUAUGACUAAUAUUUUCUUUCUUAUAUACGUGUGAUCAGUUUUUCUCUGACACAUAGUAGUAUAGUGUUUAUAUAAGUACAUAGAUCUAGCUCACUACUUAAAAAUCACCAGUAUGAUGUGAUAUGUAAGUCUAGGUUAACCCUCUAAAAUUACUUAAUCGACAUUAUAUAUAUAUAUAUAUAUAUAUAUACAUAUAUAUUCUAUGUAAGUUUAUAUAAUACAUAUUAGGUGAACAGUUUGUAUACAUUAGUAUUAUUACCUAAUAGCAGUCGGCAUGACUAGGCAAGAAUCUAGUAAUUUAUUCUAGGAGUAGGACAAGAGGGACGUCACAGCUGAUAGCGAGAGAGGUUUGACAGCAGGGGAGUGGAGCUUGACACUUCAGUCUCACUCCAGCAGUAUAACAACAACAACAACAUGAGUGUGCUGAGAGUUGACAAUAACCAAGCCACAAAAACUAUUAUUAUUUUUACACUGUGAACAUUAGUUAAUGUGUUUGCGUGUGUUUGUAUAUCUGUUUUCUGUAAUGUAUUCUCUAUGUCUAUGUCUAUAUAUGCAUGCGUGAAUGUUAUAAAGUUUUACUGAACGACAUUAUCUGCUCUUGCCUUUGAAAUUAUCUUAGUUUAAGAGUUUUGCUCGUUUCUGUUCUUGCGAUUAGUGAGAACGUUCACCCGUCGAGAUUAUAUAUAUAUAUAUAUAUAUAUAUAUAUAUAUAUAUAUAUAUACUCGGACAACUAGCCCAGAUCAAGUUAGUAUUUCACUUCACUUAUACACACUCACAAAUACAUACACACUCAUUCACUUAGGCACACUCACUCACUUAUGCUCACUCACAUUACAUUCGCUCUCACUCACAUACUUACUCAUACAGCUACAGUACACCAUAGACUCACGGUUGGUGAUAGUUUCCCGAAUUACUUCUCUCUACCCGAUGUUUCAUAAGACGAACACAGAUCGCCUGGAUUGUAUCGAGGACAAAGAGCCAUUCGAACCAAUAACCCCUGUGAAUGCGGCAAAGAAAUAACAAACCAUGGACGUGUUUUAUAGACAGGCAUAUGGGUGUCCCUCACUCACCCUAUUAUAUACGGACACACAAACAGCUGAGUGUAUUAUCUACAUUCGUACAGACAACUAAGUGUCUCGACGAAUAUACACAUAUACAUAAAAACAGCUGAGUGUUUAUAUAUAUACAUGCAAUCAGCUGAGUGUAUAUUCCAAUAGGCAGAUGAUUGUAUAUCAGUAUAAAGAAACCGAAGCCAGGAAGAAGGGUGAAUUAAGAGACACAGUGUGGUGAUAAAGAGAGAGAAGUGAGUUUAUUUAUUUCAGGCAAGAAGACAGAAGGUCAACUAUAUACUUCAGCUGCGGGUUCGAUGUCUGUCUCUGUGUGAAGUGGACGACCACUACGACAACGACACUCACCCUCUCGCUAUACUUUAUCUUCUGCCAUCAUCGGACGUGGCAAUGAAGCCUGAACCAGAUUUGCUUUUAAUCUGGUUGAAAUACAAGCAAACAAAACGAAAACCAACAAGUGACACGUAAGCUGGAAAUUUUAUGAACGAUUUUUUUUCUUUUUAAAUUCAUCACAACUAUGCCCCCCACCCAACUCUGCUGGAUCUAUAUAACCAUGGGCACUACAGAUCUCCAGCAGAAUAUGGAGGAUGAAGACUGGGAUCCUCGAGAGCUGUUUGUUACAAUAGGGAUGCUAAUUGUUGAGGCUCGUCUACCUGAGCUGUCAGCAAAAGGAAGAACUGAGGGCCCACACUGUCCUCAGUUCCCGAAGGUCAAUAAGCAUGUCUGUGAUUACCAGGACAUCAGGUGUUGUGAAGCAAAGAAAUUCAAGAUGUAUAUGGAAACACUCUGGAAGAACAGUAUUCCUAUGUGUAUAGAGCUACUUCUGUUUCCAAAAUGCAGACAUAACCAGCAACAGACCGAUAUCAUGUUCGUUGACAGUAAUGCUGAACAUGGUGGUGAACAAUUUCUUUUGGAACGGUGGGAUGUUAAUAUGACACCCAAAAGGUGGACAGAUAAAUCGGAGAAAUUUGUUACAGGAAUGUUCCUUGUUCAAGCCAUGAGGUCUUACUUAUUUUUUUCUCAGCUAAGUUCUUGGUUGAAUUCAACAGGUGGAUUACUGCCACUAACAAUAGCUUAUCGGUUGUAUGCUCCAGGAGAAUCUAGACCCUAUUUGUUCGAAGGAGAUUCUACAGUUCAUCAUUUUCCAGUAGCAAACUUGUCGCACAGCACAGUGAGAGUGAGUGUGACGGCUUCUCAAAGAAUGAAGAACAUACCAAUUCUUCUGUGUCAAAAUCCGAUGAGUAGUGUACUAACUAGUUCUACAAUCAUUACAGAUCAGCUUCACAAAAGCAAACCGUCUAAAUUUCCACCUGACAAUUCAGAACCGUCUCGAAGAAAAAAGACUUUGACAACUGCUGCAAUUUGUGAUAACAGUAAUAAUAGCGACGUAAAAAAAUUUAAUCCAAAGAAAAUAUCAUCAACAACAACAACAAUUUCGAACAGACUCAAUAAUUUAACACAAUCCAAAUCAAAAACUAGUUCUAUUAAUAAGAAGGAACAACCACAGACUAUAAGUGCGCCAUCUAGUUCAGUUUCGCCAGCAGUGUCCUACAGUAAGAUUCCUUCACAGCAGAAGAACUUGUCUUUUUCUUCGACUCGCUCUGUAAUGAGUGUUGAAGAGGAUUCCUUAAAACUAGCAUCAAAGUUUGCUAAACUAGAGGUGAAGUCCAGCAAUAAUUGUACAUUUUCAACAGCAUCGCGGAAUAUGUUCUCAGAAAAGCCUCUUGUCUUUCACACAAAGGAUGAUCUCGAUAACGACCAGUCAGAAAACAAAACACCGGUACUUCACAGCCCUAAGGUUUUAUUGACAAACUGUAAGUCUGGUGAACAGUCGUAUUACUCAAAACAGAAAAGAAACAAUUCUGGCUCAGACGUCAAGUGGAAUACAAAAACCAAGUGGUAUCCAGAAUUAUUGUGUCAGCCUGGCAUGCAGGAAUUGACCAAACCUCUAACAUCAGACCAAAUAGAAGCGUAUCUUGCGAGUCUACCAACCUGGGGUACGUCGUUACCCAAGGUUAGACGAACAUGCCUUGAAAACAUUCCAGUUACGAAAUGCAAAUUUCAAAUCGGUGAUGAGCUAUUUGAUAAAGACACUGAGAAAAGUAUUUCUUCCACAGUUAAUCCAUUAUCUAAGACAGCGUUAUCUUCAUAUGUAGGUUUCUCAUCAGAAAAUAAGUCAGAAAUUACAUCUAGUGUAACUUCAGCUAAAAAGAGAGGACUUGCCACCAAAGACAAAUACGACACAAACAACAUUUCCCGAAACCUACACGAAGAUUUUAACCACAAUAAAACAGGUAUGAAAAGGUCAGCAGCUGUCUGGAUGGAUCUUUCUCAAGACAUUAACGAAAACAGAACAGAGGCUACUUAUUCAGCCAAUAACAAUUCUUUGAAAGAUUCUACCAGUUCAGUGGUUGAUGAGACACGGUCACAAGAUAUCAGUGACCGUUCUAAUAGAGUGGACUGUUGUGAAACAGCAAUCAAAAAAGAUGAUGCAACAAAAACAGCCGAAGAGAAAAGUGAUGUAUUUCUCGAAGCUGACAAUUGUAGCAUUGUCAAUGGUAGUAAAGACUAUGACAAUAGCAAAGAAAAUGAAAGUAAAGAACAUUUCAACGACAUAACCAAAGAUCCAGUGAGUCCCAAUCAAGGAAAGCGAUCUCUUUAUGCAACUAUUCUCAGGAAAGACUUCAAUUCUGAAUUUGAAAAGAAGUGUAUAAAAAAAAAUGUCCCUUCCAUUGAAGAUAUCACCAAUUUCCACAAAAACCUCAAUAAAAGUACCAGUAUGGUGUUCAACGCCUCCACUGGAUUGCCAACUCAGUCUAGUCCUGCUCCUGUGAAGAAAAAAUCCGGCCGGUUUGAUUACGACAGUUCAUUAACAUCUACAAAGGCAAUCAAAAAUGCCUUGUCUUGCUCCAAAUUAGUGGUAAAGUCUAGCUCCUGUGAUGAAAUAGAUAAUAAAGAAAACAACCAAAAAACAUUCAGCACCAGUGCACCAGCAUCAACUAACUGUCUCCUAGGCAACUUUGAAGAAUCCAUUUUAAACGGUCGUAUUGAACCAAGUGGUGUGGUAGAAGGAUUCGUUGCAGAGAUUGGUGCCAGUGGAACAUUCUGUCCAAAACACAUCUGUUUACCUGUAACCUCAUAUUUCUUCAGUCUUUCUGAUGACAAUGCACCUUCCCCUUAUUUGGGACACAUAAAUUUAGAAUCUUAUUCCAAAAAGGGAUAUCAUGUACCAAAAGUUGGAACCGUCCAAGUUACGCUGUUUAACCCAAACAAGACGGUGGUGAAAAUGUUUGUGGUGAUGUACGACUUGCAAGAUAUGCCCUCGAAUUCUCAGACGUUCAUGCGUCAAAGAACUAUGUAUAUGCCUGCCGAUCCAACUAGUGAUGAACAUUCUUAUCUCCGAUAUUUGAUUCAUUUACGGAUCUCAAGUAGCAAAUCUGGGAAACUCUACCUACAUACCGACGUGCGCUUAAUUUUUGCCCGUGACCGAUUUGAAUAUGACGCACGCGUUGCCAAUUAUGAACUUCGAUCUUUUACAGAAGGACCAAGGAACCCCAAAUUUUCAUCGAAGAGAUGAUAAUAACUAUAUAUAGAUGCCAUUAUUUAUAAAAAAUUAUUUGUUUUUUUUUUUCUACAAUAUUUAUUCAAGAAAGGCUGUUCAAUAUCUCCAUUGAUAACACUGAAUCAAUAAAACUGAAUAGGAGGAUGGAUGGAUGGAUGGAUGGAUGGAUGGAUGGAUGGAUGGAUGGAUGGAUGGAUGGAUGGAUGGAUGGAUGGAUGGAUGGAUGGAUGGAUGGAUGGAUGGAUGGAUGGAUGGAUGGAUGGACGGACGGAUGGAUGGAUGGACGGACGGAUGGAUGGACGGAUGGAUGGAGAGUGGUCGGAUGGGUGGGUGGGUGGUUUAGGAAUGGAGGCUCAGGUGGAGGACUGUGAAAGUAUUGGUGGCGGCGGUGGUGGUGCUGGUUGAGGUAAGCGAUAUUAUGUAUGAAGAUAUACCUUGUUGAUGAAGACGGUGAAGUGUUGUGUCGGCUAGUUGGUUGGUCAGUCGGCUGGUCGGUCGGUCAGUUGGUUGGCUGGUUGGUUGGUUGGUUAGCAGACUGGCUGGUUGUGUAGCUGGUAAGAUACAUGCAUAUGGAGACAUAGGUUACGGGUUGGGGUCGGGCUGUGCUGUGCAGGGCUGCACUGGGUUGGGUUGGCUGUGAGGGAGAGGUUUAAAUUUGGUAUGAAGGGUGUGGUUGUGGCGGUGGUGGCAGUGGCGGUAGUGGUGGUGUCUUUUUGUGUUUGGUGAGUGCGGUUAUUUAGUUAGUUAGUUAGUGAGUCGACUGGUUGUUGAUGGAAAUGGAAAUGAGUGUAAGCUGUUGACUAUUGCGAGAGACCAUGUUUGAAAAUUCUGACGAGUAAACAUGUAACGAUUGUUGUAAUUUUUAAAGAGAAAUUAUCAGUGAGUAACAAGGGAAAGACAACUCACUAAUAUGACAGCAGAUAUAUAUAUAUAUAUAUAUAUUAUAUAUAUAUAUAUAUA